CAAACCGCUGAAUUUGCAGCCCACUGGCUUCCCGCUGAUGGGAUGAAAAAGCUGCAAUAUCAACAGAUAAAGAAAUGUGUUUUACUUUUUUUAUAGUCUUUUACAUGGCAUGGUCUCUCUAGACCAUUAAAAGCGAACGUGUGUAUGAUAUGCUUAGAUGAAUUAAGCAGAAUGUUAUUAGAAGCACACGGUGAGACUUGCAAGCUAGCUAGCGUUAGCUCCUCAGCCAUCCAUUAGUUUUUUUAUCGGAGCUGUUAGCACAUAUGCCCGCUACGAACUGGAUUGUUAUUCGCCUCAACUCCAGAUAUUCUUUCCUUCCUUCUGCUUUGUUCGGAUCACUGCCCAUUUUCUCCGGUCUGAAAUAUGGGUAUCAAGACCUUUACCCACAAUUCCCCCAAUCACAGUCAGGAGUUACUGGACAAGUUGAACGUCCUGCGAAGCGAGGGUCAUUUCUGCGAUGUCACCAUCCGCGUCCAGGGCCAGCUUUUCCUGGCUCACAAAGUGGUCCUGGCCUGCUGCAGCGACUUCCUGCGGGCCAAGCUGACUGGGAAGGCCGGCGACGAUGACCGUCGGGGGGAGGAGGAGAGGCCCGUCCUCGACCUGCACCAUGUGACGGUGGCGGGCUUCGCGCCCCUCCUGGAGUAUGCCUACACCUCCACGCUGUCCAUUAGCACUGAGAACAUCAUCGACGUGCUCGCGGCCGCCAGCUACAUGCAGAUGUUCGCCGUGGCCAACACCUGCUCGGAGUUCAUGAAGUCCAGCAUCCUGUGGAACCCCUCGUCCGCGGGAGCCAGCGGCGGGGCUUCGGGGCCCGGCCAGGACCGACCCGGGCCCCAGGAGGCCCCCGAAGGCCAGGCUGGGGGGUGCCUGCUGGCGCCGCUGGACGCGCUGUCGCCCUCGCCCGUGUCCUCCGAGUGCAGCAUGGUGGAGCGGAACAUUCCGGUGUGCCGCGAGUCGCGUCGCAAGCGCAAGGGCUUCGCCAGCCCCCAGCCGGCGUCGUCCUCCUCGCCGCAAGUCCCCAACCCGUCGCCCUCGUCGUCCUCCUUCCCCGAGAGCUCGGCCCCGGCCGUCGACCCGACGCUGGCGUUCACCUGGACAUACCCGUUCGGCAUCGACCGGCGUUUGGCCGCGGAGAAAGCCAAGCUGGCCGAGGGGCUGCUAGAGUCGUCGUCCGGUGCCGGGCCCGACCCAAACUCCCGGGCGCUGGUGGAGUACCUGGCCUGUGAGGGGGCGCGCAGCAUGGGCAUGGCAGGCACGGACAGCACUGGCGGCGGGGAGGAGGAAGAGGAGGAGGGCGUGCGGGUGAAGGUGGAGCGUCUGAGCGACGAGGAAGUGCAUGAGGAGGCCUCACACCACCCGGUCAGCGCCUCCCACAGCUCACUCAGCGACCAGCAAACCGUCCCGGGCAGUGAGCACAACCAGGAGGACCUCCUUAUCAGCCCCCAGUCAUCAUCAAUAGGCUCCAUAGACGAGGGAGUCACAGAGGGCCUGCAGUCCAUUCAGGGGACGCCCAACACCACGGGUCACAUGGAGGAGGACGAGAGGCUGGAGAGCGUCCAGUACCCGUACCAUCUCUACAUCAGCCCGUCUAACCGGCCCGGCAUCAAGGGGCCGGCGCGGCCCUUCCAGUGCCCCACAUGCGGGGUCCGAUUCACCCGCAUCCAGAACCUCAAACAGCACAUGCUCAUCCACUCUGGCAUUAAACCCUUCCAGUGUGACCGCUGCGGGAAAAAGUUCACGCGGGCCUACUCCCUAAAGAUGCAUCGGCUGAAGCACGAAGGUAAACGCUGUUUCCGGUGCCAGAUCUGUAGCGCCACUUUCACUUCCUUCGGUGAAUAUAAGCACCACAUGAGGGUCUCCCGCCACAUCAUCCGCAAGCCUCGGAUUUACGAGUGCAAAACAUGCGGCGCCAUGUUUACCAACUCCGGCAAUUUAAUCGUACACCUGAGGAGUCUCAACCAUGAGGCGUCAGAGCUAGCAAACUACUUCCAGACCAGUGAGUUCCUCCUCCCCGAGUACCUGAGCCAGAUGCAGGAGGAGUCGCUGGGCCACUUUGAGAUGACGGACCAGGCGUUUGAAGGCGGCGGCGGCAGCUCUUCCUCUUCCUCUGUCCAGAUGCCCGUCAUAUCUCAGGUGUCCUCCACCCAGAACUGCGACCUCCAUCCCUCCAUGGCCCCGCCCGAGGCCCCGGCGUCCCACGGAGGUCAGGGGCGUGGGGCGGCAGCAGGGGGGGAGGUGGUGGUGCUGUCGGACGAGCCAAAGACCAGCGUGGCCAUCCACUCUCCGGAGGUCCUGGAGGAAGAGGAGGAGGAGGAUGGAGAGCGGGAGGAACGCACAAAGAAAACAGCACUUGUGUCCAUUACCAUUGAAUAAGAUGUGAUGCUCCCAUAUCCACCUGAGUAGAAUACAUAAGAGCCCCCUUUUGAGUCACAGUACAAGAGUGCAUCCUGGAUAGUGAUCGUGUUGGGGCCUGGCAGUCAUACACCAUUUUUGUUUGUUUGUUUUAUAAUUACUUUUUUUUGCAGUGAUUAACGUGGCUUGGUGUAAUGGUCAUUGGUAUUGUGGUUGCAUAGGAAAUGACUGAUUAACACAUUUUACAUAGGAUCCCCUGCAGUACAUAUUCCAAGUGCACACUGGAUUGUGAUUCUCUUUGGAGCUGGCCACCUUAAGCAUAUUCCCAUGCAUCAAAAGCUCUAGUCUUUGUUGCUCUGUGACAGAAUAGAUGGUGAACAUACCCUGAGAUAUCCUUCCCCUUGCAAUUGUUGUCAACAUUUGACUUUUUGCUGACUGUCUUGUGAAACUGUUUUUACUUUUUGUGGGGAUUGAGACACAAUGAUUAUUGUGAGAACAUUUUGUGAUUUGCAUUGUUUUUUAGUUUUUAAGAAAUGCGUUUGUCAGAUCUUUCUUUUUCAGUCUGGAUGUGUUAAAGCGCCUUACCCAGUCCUGUACAGAAAAAAACUGUAUUGUGAAUCCAUUAUGUGAUGGAUGCAGAUUGGCUUAUGUCCUUUGUUACUUUGAGGGCUUUGCUUUGGUAGAUAAUGUAGCUUGGCCAAAAUAAGGGACUGUACCACUGAGCAGGGCUAUGACAUGUCCCCAUCCCACUUCAACCCCUUUCCUUAAUAAUAACAGGACUCUUUCCAAUAACGUCUCAAUAGGUUUCGUUUUGAAACAAUUCAACUAUAGACAAUCUCCAUGUGGUUGAUUGAGUCAAACAAUCAUGCAGACUUUGUGGUGUUCACAAAGAAAAUUGUCAUGUAGAGGCAUAUUGGAUUUGGAUGAGAGCUGUGACACAGUUUUAAGCCUUUGUGGAAACCAUUAAAUUAAUGCAUUUUUGCAGAGCUGUAUGUGAUUUCAUGCGAAACUGAGGUAGUGGAAGUGCAGGCCUUCAGGUCCUGGUUAGCUGUCACUAGUGUCUUAUUUUUGAAGUGGAAAAACUAUAAUCUCAUCCUGCUGUCCAGCUGAGAAGCAUUGCAUGACUGACUUUGUGAUACCUGCUUCUCUUGACGCACACACUGAAGCAGUUAGAACAGUGGAAUCACUCCCAACUGUACGCUCAUUUAAAAUUGAAAAUCCCAACUUUUUUUUUUUUGACUGAAUAAAAAUGAAAUAAAAAAAGAGCGGUAAUUUGGCAGCAGUCACAGCUAACCUGGACUGAGAGGGGUUUCUAUUGGCCCUGGGUGUGCUGCAGCUUCUGCUGCACAAAACCCUGUGUAUCCCAAUCACACUUGGGUGCAGUUCCACACUGGGAUUGUUAAGGUGUGUGGACAUGGUCAGUCUUGAAUGUUACAUGUGGAAAGAUACAGCAGAAGUGAAGUAUAUAACCAUAUUUCCCAUUUGCAAGUUUCUUAAAGACUAUCUGUGCCAUUCUUUCAUUUGUGCCUAUUCCUAGCUCCCAUUAAGUCCUGUUUACUCAAUUAGGAAUGCAAGGAUGCAAUGUUUUUGGUCAUGUGAGAAAGCUUUUAUAUAUGUAAAAUCCUUUAGCAUUUACUUGACUUCUUUAGAUAUUUAAUAUACAUAUCUUUGUGUCUACCAUUUGCACAGGGCAAUCAUUGUUAAAUGCUGCUUAGUUAUAAUGUGAUAUUUUUUAAUGUGAUGUUUUCCAAUAUUUCAAGAAAAAAACAAUUUCUCCCAUUGUGCAAUACAGUUGUUAUACAGUGUACAUGUUUUGGAACAUCAUGUAAAAAAAAGAAUGUAUUGUUGGUUGUUCGAAAUAAUGAGCAAUAUGAAAGUGAAAGUUGUGAAUAUUCGAGUUGGUUGGCACUUCCUUUGUUAAAAGUUAUUUGUGGUUGGAGGAGGCUGUCAUAAUGAACUAAAAUGUGACAUUUCUUCGGUUAGUUUUCGUUUUGCGCUUUUGUGUCUGCACUUUGAACAGAAGCUACAGGUGCAGAGGGUUUCCUGCAGUGCGAGGGGGAUCGGGGAGCCCUUCCUCUGAUGUCAGCGGUUUUAAUAUCCCUCACUGUACUGUACCGUACCGCAUCCUGUAUGGUACACUAAGCUCUAUGCCUGAGAACUCUGCCUGUGAGAUAGUAUGAACACCCUAUUUUUAUUAGUAGUAAUGUGAAUUGCGUGGUCGGUGCAGUUACGUCUGUCAUUUUUAGCUUCUGGUGACGCACUCUAUAAGGUUUCAAAUAUUGCAAAUAUCACUGUCCCAGACCUCACUGUGGUACUGGCAUGUUUUCCCACCCAAACAUAUUAAAAAUACCGGGAAAGAAUACAGAAAAAAAAUCAAUAUAGCAUGGUUUACUUUCUUGGCUGUUUUGUCAGAUAUGUGCAACUACGUUUUUGUAUACAGUAGUGCAUCUCUGUAAAAUGCUUAAAAGCAAGAGGAAAUGGUAUUCAGAUGUCAUGACACAUUUUGGUCUGUUUUUUGUAUUUGUCAUCUUUCAAGUAUAGAACUUUGUAUAUUUCUAUUAUCAAUGUGAGUUUCAAUAGUCGAUGGAUUUGAGCCUUACAUCAUACUAUUCGCUUUGUGACAAUGUCUUUAAAGUGUUCCUGUAUAGUUUUAUUUUCUAAAACCUGUUUUUAUUUGUAACUUGUGCCUUUGGAUAUUGAAUCGGUAGUGCAUUUUAAUAGUCAUGAACAUCCAUUGCUAUGAUUCAUAUCACAACUACAAAUGCUGGUAGUGCUCUGAUGUAGCUUGUAACCUAAAGUAUUUUUGAAGUGCUAAACUAUAUUUUGUUUGUGUGCAUUUUUAUUUUAAUAUCUAAAAAUGUGGUGACUGUUUUUUGUAACUUUCCAAUGGUUUUCAUCUUGAGUUCCCGUGCCAGUGUGUUAUACUGAACCAUGUUUUGUAUAGACAAUGUUUUGAUUGAAAGUAAAGUCAUGAAUAAUCUUA